CUCUCAGCAGGACAGUGCGGAGGGGUGAGAGGGGGUGAGGACCGCCCCUCCCAGCCUGGCCCUCUGCACCUCCCCUUGCCGGUGGCACCGCUCCAGGAAGCCCUCCGGGAGUGCCUGGACCACCAGCCACCGCCUCCCACGCGCCGUUACCUGGGGGUUCGGGGCGGUGCCUCCGAGCUGGUGGCUCGCAGGCGGGCGCUGCAGACAGGAAGAGUCUCAGCCAGCCGUGAGCGGGGCCCUGCUUCUCCCUCGGCGCUGGUCUGCGGGGGGCAGGGUGGCGGCCAGCAUGGCCCCAGAGCUCCCUCUGCUCCCCCUGCGCCUCUCUUAUGCCUGUACCCUGCUCGGGGCUCUGGCCACCCAAGAGGUGCGGCAGCUCCCCCCCUACACGAUUGCCUCCGAGGGGGGCUCCAUCAACAUCACCUGCUCCACGAGCGGGCCCCUGGCCGGGGUCUACCUGAAGCAAAGGUGGCCAAAGUCCACCAGCGUGAUUUACUAUGAAGACAAGAAGCAGCCCACGGUAGACGAGUGCUUCCGAGGUCGCGUCGCCUUCUCCGGGCUGCAGCACAACCUGACCAUCACGCUGAGCCGCCUGCAGCCGGCCGACGCUGGGGCUUAUGUCUGCCAGGCCGUCAUGGACGACGUGGUCUGGGGCCCUGGCACCCUGGUGCUGGUGACAGACGAAGUGUCCCAGGAAGCGCACACGUGCCCGAAGUCUCAGCUGACCUCGGCCUUCCCUGUGGUCCUGGCUGCGAGCUGCUUCUUCCUCGGGCUGGCGAUAGGGGCAGCAUGUGUGCUGAGGAAGACACAGGUCAAGAGACUGUGCUGCGCGGAGGACAAGAGCUCAGCAUGUGUGGUAUACGAGGACAUGUCCUGUGGAGGCCCCAACAGGAUGUGCACCCCCAAUGAGUACCAGUGAGCCCAGCAGGACCCUCUCCAAGCCUCCCCCUGCCCAGGCGCAGCUCACAGAAGACCACCUGACCCACCGCUGACCACCUGACCACCUGGCCCACCCAGCAGCUCCCUGCAGCCAUCAGGCUCCUGGUGUCCCGGGCCUCCUCUAGGAAGCCUUCCUUGCCUACCUCCUGCCUGCCACACUGCCGUGCCCGGCUGGUUCUGGCACGCUGGGCCCACCAGGGAGGAAGCCUGUGUCCUGCUGCUGGCUGCCCUUCCCCCACACGGCGGCGGGAGGAGCUUCUCUAUGCCUGGACUGGGCCCAGGGCCCAAGAGGCAGGGGAAGUCCAGUCCCAACCCCAGCGCAGGCUUGCCAGAAAUAAAGCUUCUCUUCCCCCCUUCUGA